AUGUGGACGCUUUUCGAAAGGCGCUGUACCGAGCAGUGCCAUCCUGCUUUGCUAGACCAUGAGCUGCCAGCCUCUCAUCGUGCCAAGAGCUAUGCCGAAGUUCUGCAUCAGGUCAAGAGACUGUCUCCAGUGCUGGAAUCAGUACAGAGUGUUUGUGGCCCCUCGGAAAGGAGCCUCGCCGUUUGCUUUGAAAGGACUUGCUUUGCAGCAGUGGUGUCGUUGCUUACGGCUUUGCACGUACGCUGCCCGUAUGUUCCUCUCAGCACCAACUGUCCUGGUGUUGGGAGACCCAUCCAGAGGAUUGCAGUGUUGCUCAAGAUGGCGUCUGUUUGCUGCAUUCUGUGUGGCUCCAAUCUCGCGGGUUUGUCGAGGUCUGCAUGGGAAGCAUUUCGGGGAAGUGAUACCGACCAGCGCGUGAUCGAUGUGGAGGCGUUUGUUGAGCAGCACGGGCCAGCCGUAGCUGGCGUACCAGGAGCUGCAAAGGCUGCGACUCCAGACAGCCAGGACACCAUCCACAUCAUCUUCACGUCCGGUUCCACCGGCCGACCAAAGGGGGUGCUGGGUCUUCACGCUGCUACGCUCAACCGACUUCACUGGCAGUGGACCAGGUUUCCUUGGAAGGAUGGAGAGGUGGCUUGUGCUCGAACUCCUCUGGUGUUUAUCGAUCAUGUGGCUGAAAUUUUUGGAUCUUUGUUGGCAGCCAGGGGACCUGUCCUGGUAUGUCCAUUAUCAACUACGCACUCUGCUGGCUUAUUGACAUCAGUUCAUGAGUUUGCAGUCACAAGGAUCGUUCUGACGCCUACGUUGUUGGGCAUUCUUCUUGUCGAAGCCACGAAUCUCGAGAAGAGCCCUUGGAGGUCAUUGCGAAUGCUGACGUGCUCUGGUGAACUGCUGACGAGAAGCUUGGUUGCACAAGCCCGCGUCCAGAUUCCGGAAGAAUGCAAACUACUAAACAUUUACGGCUCCACCGAAAUGGCUGGUGAUGCCACGUGUGCAGAGUUGCCCUUUGAUGAUGUAUCAGAUCACACGGCUCUGCUGGUGCCGUGUGGCAGAGCAAUUGACGGUGUAAACGUGCUUCUGAGACAAGAGACUGUUAGUGACGACAUUUUGAACUCGUGGGACGAUGUUAGAAUCGGAGAAGUCUACGUGACAGGCGAGUGUUUGGCUGGUGGAUACUGUGGCGAGCUCGGGGAAGUCGAUGCUUUCCCUAGCGUCGAUGGCAAGCGUUACUUCAGGAGCGGCGAUUUGGCCAUAUGGCGGGACGCGAAGAACCACGAGCAGACCUUAUACGUCUUGGGGCGCUCGGGUCAGAUGGUGAAGGUCCGCGGGCAGCGUGUGGAGCUGUCCUCCGUGGAAGCCGCUCUUUGCUCGAGGGAGCUCGCCGAGAGUUUGCCUAACCAGACUCAGACGACUCAGACCGUCGUUUUCACGGAGUCCGCGUGCUGGCUGUCGGAUUCGGACCAGGGCCCAGAGCUUGUUGCCUUUGGCGUCUUGGCUCCCGGUCUGCGGCAGUCACAUGAACUGAUGUCUUUGGUCCGCGAGGAAUUGGCAAAGUUGCUUCCUUCCGCGGCAGUUCCUGCAGUCAUCAUUCCUGUGUACUCUUUGCCUAAGCUUGCAAGUGGGAAGGUCGACCGCCGUGCGCUGAGCACACUGAGCCGUUCAGAGGCAUUUCCACGUAUCCAGAGCCGAGAGGAAGUGUCGCAAAUGGAGACGGUCCUGAGAGAGAUUUGGCAAAGCUGCUUGAGCCCACAGUCGGUGUCGCUUGCGCACGCUGUGCCAGAUGGCCAAUCCUUUUUUACCGCUGGUGGUGACUCAGCGGGCUUGAUGAAGCUGGCUUCGCGACUGCGGCAAGUCUGCCUCGAAGACGCGCCCGAUUUUGAUGAUGUGGUGGCGGCCGCCUCAAUCUCAUUUUCUGCUUUGCUGCAGCUUCUGUCAAGCUCGGAUCGGACAAGUAAGCGACGGCGUGUUGCAGACCGUGAAGAUACAGAUGGCUCCGGCAGUAUCCUCCCGAGACAAGCUGAGUGGAGCGAGCGGAGCGCCUCGAGAGACUGCAUGUGCCACACGCGUGGGGGCUCCUGCUUCGCGCCGGCCUCCGUGUUCUCGCGGACCUUGCAGGGGGUUCGCCCGCUUUGGCGAGGAGAUUUACAGCAGUGCGUGGAUGCGCCUCCAUUGGUUGUUCUGGCACCUGCAGGGGAUCGUACUGAACCAAAGGCUUGGCUGCUCGUGGGAUCUCACUCGAAGCAGCUGUGUUGCUUUGAAGCCGAGACUGGUGUUGAGCACUGGCGGAUGACUCUUUCAGACCGUAUUGAGGGUGGCUGCGCCUGUUCAUGCACAGCCGAUCGCUUUCAAGCAUACGCAGUGUGCUACGACGGGAAGAUGCAUUGCAUUGCGAUUGAGUCCGGUCACUUGCUAUGGUCAUCCUCCAUAGCCUUGCCUGCAGACGAAAACACGGAGAUCAAGAGUGCUCCCGUCGUUCAUGAUGAUUUGGGCAUCGUUGUGGCUGGCACGCAUGGUGGUGUAGCUGCCGCCCUUUCACUUGAUGGGCAUUUACUUUGGCGGUUGCAGUUGCCGGGUGCGAUCUUUGCAGCUCCCCUGCUCGCACCGAGCAGCGGUGAAAUGUACAUUUGCUUGACGAGGGGCCAGGCAGUCUUCAAGUUUUGCUGCAAUUCGCCGACCAGCGACCUUACCAGCACACCGGUACAACUUUGGUCUCUCCGGAUGGCCUCCCCAAUCUUCGCAGCUGUCUUCGUGGAUGCCUUGGCAUCCCUGCUGGUGGUAGAGGUGGAGGGAAGGCUACAGAUGCUUGCAGAGCAGGCAGAGCAGGAUCCGCAGGAUCCGCAGGGACGCAGGGCCCGCGCCCGGACCCCGCGGCGGGCUUGGAGCCGUGCUUUGGAUGGCCAGGCCUUCGCUGCUCCGUGCCUUCGAAAAGACCAGCAGUGGGCCUUCAUCGGCACACAUGGCGGCAGCGUGUCGGCCAUUCGCCUGACUGAUGGCAAUGUCAUGUGGCGAUGCGAGGUGGGAGACGUCGUCUAUGGCUCACCUUUUGUGGUGAACUGUUCCGAGGGCCACAGCGGACCGGCAGAACAGCUCGAGAUCGAAGAUUCACUUCUGUUUGUCGCGACUCGCUGUGGAGCCCUCUGUGUUCUGGAUGCUGCGCAUGGCACGCAUAUCACACGUACUCAGUUGGAGGGAGAGGUGUUUUCAUCGCCUGUUGCUUGGUGCACUCGUGCAACAACGAGGGAUGCCCAGCACGAGGAGGCUGCACCUGUGCUCCAUGUAGGUAUCGGCUGUCGAGACAACCACGUGUAUUGUUUCGUGCUAGCAUGA